GAAGAAAACCCUAUUUCUAAAUUAGAAAUCAAAUUUUUUUCUUCUCUCUCUUAAAACUUUUCCAAUUUCAUCACCACUUUCAAUUUCACAAACCGAUCGUUUUUUGUGACCUUUCCCCGUAAAUAAAAUGCCAACAACUCAAAAACCUCUCUUUGACUCUUAACCUUCUCUGCAAAUUCGAAGCCACGAUGAAGAGAGCGAGAACGGGAAAGGUUGAUACCUUCUUCUUCUCGCUCUGUAGACAACGAUCCUUCCAAAUUCUCAUCGUCAUCGCUAUUUUCUACGUUCUUUUGUUCAUUCUCGAAAUCCCCUUCGUUUUCAAAAACACCGCCACGCGCUCCGAGAGGUACGCGCUCGAGCAACAGCAACAAUUUCAACCGAGUCAGUCUCAGGCCCACGGAUUCUCUCGCCGCCGCAAUCGCCGUUCGAUUCUCUCUGGAUUGCUACUGAACGACACCGCAUUUGAUUCCGAGGUUUAUCAAUCAGCGUACCGAGUUGGGAGGAGGGUUUGGGAGGAACUUGAAUCGGGGAAAACGCCGAUUCAAACCGGUGCCGUUUUGAAACCGGAGGAGGGGUUAUGUCCGCAAUCGGUGGAUGUCUCCGGGGCGGAUUUUGUGGGGAAUGGGAGUUUGAUGACGAUUCCUUGUGGGUUGACGUUAGGGUCGCAUAUAACGGUGAUUGGGAUGCCGUUGGGGACACCGGAGGGUAAGAAGUCUCAUUUUAUUGUGGAGUUGCAGGGUUUGAAAACUGGUGAAGGUGAGGACCCACCUAGGAUAUUGCAUUUCAAUCCUAGGUUGAAAGGGGAUUGGAGUAGGAAACCUGUGAUUGAGCUUAAUACUUGUUAUAGGAUGCAGUGGGGUACUUCUUUGAGAUGUGAUGGUUGGAAAUCUAGGGCUGAUCAAGAUACUGUUGACGGGCUGGUGAAGUGUGAGAAGUGGAUUGGGGGAGAAUCCAGAGAUGAUAGACAUGCAGUGGAGUAUAAAUCAGAAUGGUGGUUGAAGAGACUCAUAGGUCGGACAAAAAGAGUAACAGUUGAUUGGCCAUUCCCAUUUAAUGAGAACAAGCUAUUUGUUCUUACUCUUAGUGCUGGAUUGGAGGGCUACCAUUUUAAUGUUGAUGGGAGGCAUGUGACCUCCUUUCCUUAUCGCACUGGCUUUACUCUUGAGGAUGCUACUCGACUCACUGUAACCGGAGAUAUUGACGUCCAUUCUAUAUUUGCUGCCUCCUUGCCUUCACUGCAUCCUCGUAUUUCUCCACAGCAGUAUCUUGAAUUUUCAACCAGAUGGCGUGCCCCACCACUACCUGAGUUUGGGGUUGAAUUGUUCAUCGGCAUCCUAUCAGCUGGAAACCAUUUCGCUGAGCGGAUGGCUGUGAGAAAGUCGUGGAUGCAGCAUAGCCUUAUCAAAUCUUCAGAAGUGGUGGCUCGUUUCUUUGUAGCACUGCACCAGAGAAUAGAAAUUAAUGCAGAGUUGAAAAAGGAAGCAGAAUUUUUUGGAGAUAUUGUUAUUGUGCCUUACAUGGAUAACUAUGACCUUGUUGUGUUGAAAACAGUGGCUAUAUGUGAAUAUGGGGUUCAUACAGCGGCUGCAGCUUACAUCAUGAAAGGUGACGAUGACACGUUUGUGAGGGUGGACGCUGUUAUAAAUGAAGCAAGGAGUGUUCCAGAUUUUAUGAGCUCUUAUAUUGGGAAUAUAAAUUAUCAUCACAAACCCUUGCGCCAUGGUAAAUGGGCUGUGACAUAUGAGGAGUGGCCAGAAGAGGAUUACCCGCCAUAUGCUAAUGGCCCGGGUUAUAUUCUGUCUUAUGAUAUUGCACACUACAUUGUUUCUGAAUUUGAGAAGCAUAAAUUAAGGUUGUUUAAAAUGGAAGAUGUGAGCAUGGGAAUGUGGGUAGAGAAAUUUAACAGCACAAAACAAGUGUACUAUUCGCAUAGUUUAAUGUUCUGCCAGUUUGGGUGUAUUGAAGGCUAUUACACAGCCCAUUACCAAUCUCCAAGACAGAUGGCGUGCCUUUGGGAAAAAUUGCAGCGGCAAACAAGUCCUCUAUGCUGCAACAUGAGAUAACAAAGUGGUGUAUUAGACUCAAUCUUUGAGUUCUCAGAGGGACAACAAAAACAAGUUUUGCAGUCAUAGGUUAGCUUUGAAUAUUUGUAAAUACAGUGGAGCUUAGAUAGAAACCUUAACACUGUAUAAAUGGCCUUUUAAAUUCCAUUAUUUAUAAAUUCUUUUGAUAAGAAAAUUUCACUACUCUGUUAUUAUCUGGUUAUCUCAUAUGGUCAUUGUGAAUAUAGGAAGCUUCCUACAUCCUGCUUUGAAAAAUGUUAUUAGGACACUUUAUAAUGUAAUCUUUUUAUCACAGAAUUA